UGUUAUAGUUUUGCCGCUGGACUCUUCCCUCCCUUCCCCCACCCCAUCAGGAUGCUAUGAGACUUGAAGAAGACGAUGCAUACAGGAGGAGAGACUUCAGCAUGCAAACCUUCAUCUGUUCGGCUUGCACCGUCCUUUUCAUUCCAUGCUGCUGGCCUUCAGAUGGCUGGACAGAUGCCCCACUCACAUCAGUACAGUGACCGUCGCCAGCCAAACUUCAGUGACCAGCAAGUUCCUGCCUUAUCAUAUUCUGACCAGAUUCAGCAACCUCUAACUAACCAGGUGAUGCCUGACAUUGUCAUGUUACAGAGGCGGAUGCCCCAAACCUUUCGUGAUCCAGCAACUGCUCCUCUGAGAAAACUUUCGGUCGACUUGAUCAAAACAUAUAAGCAUAUUAAUGAGGUUUACUAUGCAAAAAAGAAACGAAGACACCAACAAGGCCAGGGAGACGAUUCCAGUCACAAGAAGGAGCGCAAGGUUUACAACGAUGGUUACGAUGAUGAUAACUAUGAUUAUAUCGUAAAGAACGGAGAAAAGUGGAUGGAUCGCUAUGAAAUUGACUCCUUGAUAGGCAAAGGUUCAUUUGGACAGGUUGUAAAAGCCUAUGAUCGAGUGGAACAAGAAUGGGUUGCCAUUAAAAUAAUAAAGAACAAGAAAGCGUUUCUGAAUCAAGCCCAGAUAGAAGUGCGGCUGCUUGAGCUCAUGAACAAACAUGACACUGAGAUGAAAUACUACAUAGUGCAUUUGAAACGCCACUUUAUGUUUCGAAACCAUCUUUGUUUAGUUUUUGAAAUGCUGUCCUAUAAUCUCUAUGAUUUGUUGAGGAACACCAACUUCCGAGGGGUCUCUCUGAACCUAACACGAAAGUUUGCACAGCAGAUGUGCACAGCACUGCUUUUCCUUGCGACUCCAGAACUUAGUAUCAUUCACUGUGACCUAAAGCCUGAGAACAUCCUCCUGUGUAACCCCAAACGAAGUGCAAUCAAAAUUGUUGAUUUUGGCAGUUCCUGUCAGUUGGGGCAGAGGAUAUACCAGUAUAUUCAGAGUCGCUUUUAUCGGUCUCCAGAGGUGCUACUGGGAAUGCCUUAUGAUCUUGCUAUUGACAUGUGGUCCCUUGGAUGUAUCUUGGUUGAAAUGCAUACUGGAGAGCCUCUGUUCAGUGGUGCCAAUGAGGUAGAUCAGAUGAAUAAAAUAGUGGAAGUUUUGGGCAUCCCACCUGCUCAUAUUCUUGACCAAGCACCAAAAGCAAGAAAGUUCUUUGAGAAGUUGCCCGAUGGCACUUGGAACUUAAAGAAGACCAAAGAUGGAAAACGGGAAUACAAACCACCAGGAACCCGGAAACUUCAUAAUAUUCUCGGAGUAGAGACAGGAGGACCUGGAGGACGGCGUGCUGGGGAAUCGGGUCAUACUGUAGCUGACUACUUGAAGUUCAAAGACCUCAUUUUAAGGAUGCUUGAUUAUGACCCCAAAACUCGAAUUCAACCUUAUUAUGCCCUGCAGCACAGUUUUUUCAAGAAGACAGCUGAUGAAGGUACAAACACAAGUAACAGUGUGUCCACCAGCCCUGCGAUGGAGCAGUCUCAGUCUUCAGGCACCACCUCCAGCACCUCGUCCAGCUCAGGUGGGUCCUCGGGAACGAGCAACAGUGGGAGAGCCAGGUCAGACCCAACGCACCAGCAUCGGCACAGCGGGGGACACUUCACAGCUGCUGUCCAGGCCAUGGACUGUGAGACACACAGCCCUCAGGUGCGCCAGCAGUUUCCGGCUCCUCUGGGCUGGUCAGGCACUGAAGCUCCUACACAAGUCACUGUUGAAACUCAUCCUGUUCAAGAAACAACCUUUCAUGUAGCCCCUCAGCCGAAUGCAUUGCAUCAUCACCAUGGAAACAGUUCCCAUCACCACCACCACCACCAUCACCAUCACCACCACCAUGGACAGCAAGCCUUGGGUAACCGGACCAGGCCAAGGGUCUACAAUUCUCCAACAAAUAGCUCCUCUACCCAGGAUUCCAUGGAGGUUGGCCACAGUCACCACUCCAUGACAUCCCUGUCUUCCUCAACGACUUCUUCCUCUACAUCUUCCUCCUCUACUGGUAAUCAAGGCAAUCAGGCCUACCAGAACCGCCCAGUGGCUGCUAAUGCCUUGGACUUUGGACAGAAUGGAGCUAUGGACGUUAACUUGACCGUCUACUCCAAUCCCCGCCAAGAGACUGGCAUAGCUGGACAUCCCACGUACCAAUUUUCUGCUAACACAGGCCCUGCACAUUACAUGACUGAAGGACACCUGACCAUGAGGCAAGGGGCUGAUAGAGAAGAGUCUCCCAUGACAGGAGUGUGUGUGCAACAGAGUCCUGUAGCUAGCUCGUGACUACAUUGAAACUUGAGUUUGUUUCUUGUGUGUUUUUAUAGAAGUGGUGUUUUUUUCCCAAAACAAAGUGCGAAGCUGCUUGAAUCAGAAGGAGAUUGACACACUGAACCGCUACCAGAGGGCAAGGCUGCUUGAAUCAGAAGGAGACUAACACACUGAACCGCUACCAGAGGGCGAAGCUGACUCUUUUUUUAACUUGAAAAGAUUGCAAAGGGACAGUGAAGUUUUUAAGAGCCAUGUCCACCUGUCUUCACAGAGAGCUCCGAGGUGCCCUCUUUUUGUCCCCUUUUAACCUGCCAUCUCCCUGUCACAGUGGGUUUGUCUUUCUAUCCAACAAAAGUUCAUGUUCAGAUGUUGGUCUUGGUCAUUUGCCAACUAAUUUUAAAAUAAAAAGGCACUGCACAUAAUUUGCAUAAAGGGCCCCAUAAGGGUGUUUUGGUUUUUUUCUUUUUUUCUUUUUCUUUUUUUUUUUUCAUUUUUAAAUUUUCUCCUUUUCCCCAUGUUUUGUUUUGGGUUGGGGUAGGGCGUGAGAUUUGGGUUUUCUGUCCUCUACAUGUUUGGGCACGGAAUGCAGUACUGUAAGGAAGAGGGCCUCCAGCUCACACAGACACCAUCUUCUGCUGUGUGAGAGGAACGAUUGUGUUGACAUUUGGAAGGCACAGUAAGCAUGCUAAGUGGCGGGGAUCAGGACUCUCCUAUCUGAGCCUACCGAGGAGCAAAGCAGCAAUUCCAUGGGAUCCUGUGGCUCUCCUGUUGGAGAGGCCAUGGGAAGAUAGGAAUGGAACGGGACUGGUCUCCCCAGCAAGGUGCACUGAGAAGCAAACACCGGGUCAGUUGUGGCCAGUCCUGGGGAGGUCUGAGUGGUGGUCUUUGGGAUAACCUUUGGCCUUAUGGAUUUGGACUCGAAGUUAGAAGAGCCUACCAUUUCAGAUACAAUCACUUGCGGACAUGCGUUUGCAGACAGUCCUUAAUGCUGAAAACACAGAGAAUGGGUAAUUCAAGAGGCCUUUCUUUUAAAAUAGACUUUUGUGACCCACUAAUUGUAAGGUAUUGCAAGGUCACUUUGCGUGUGUCAUAAAGCUGACUCCCUAUUGGUUGAAGGCCACAGACGUAGUGGUUUGCUUUGAUGGAAAUAGCUACAGCUGUGUCCUUCCUGCUUUUUACCUUUUCUUUGGCUUUUUCUCGGCACGUGGUGUCGUCACCAUUUCUUCUGCACAAAGACGUCUUCUGUUCAUCCUGAACAUUUUAAAAUGCAGAAUUUUAUGUGACUGCUUUUUUGCCUCACAAUUAUGCUGUGAAUUUUACAAAAAUUUAUUUUCUUUUUGAUAAUUUAUUGUACCAAAGCUGUUUUUAUAGCACAUAGAUGUCUGUAACCGAUGAUGUAGCAGUCCUGCACUUUGACACAAGGUGUGACUAGACCAUUUUCAAUGUCAGUGGGAAUUAUGGCUGUACUAUUGCUUAAACAAAACUGGAACUGUUGUCGAGUCCAUAGCCAAGACAUUACAGCAAUCUGUGUACUGGACAGAAUAGACUGACACCUAACUCGAGAGUAAACACCUGCCACAUUCUAAAUGCAUUCAGGCUUCUAAAGGGAAAGGGACACUGGAUCCAGACACUGUGGAGCCAGCAGCUAAUGCUUGUACUCCCGAGUAACUUACUUGUAAACUUGAAUGUGAGGCCUUGACUGAACCAACAGGUCCACAGUAGGGCAGGAGGCGGGCAGAGCCUGAGCAGGACCCGUGAGCAGGCUGGCGUUAGCAGGUGCCUCCUCGGAGAUUAUGCUGCCUUCAUGUAACACAGUCUGGCAGUGGCUAAAUUUGUGUUCCCAUUUAAACUGAGCAAUUUUAGGGUGUUACACUCUUAAGCAGUGGGAUUGGGAGAGUGAAGACAGAGUAAUUUCCCUGUCCAGGACCUCACGAAGCCUAGGACCUACCUCUGCCUGCCGACAGCCCUGUUGGGAGCAGCUCAGCAGAACACCACGUUACUUUUUAUUGGUCAGCUCCAUGUGGCUGACUAGGUCAAUUUUUUCCCCCUGAGCAAAAGCAGGUUUUUACUGUAACAGUGACAGAAGAAAGGCCCGAAACCCUGUGAGUGUGCGUGGGAACUUGGAGAGCCUGUUUAUAAACACAAACACUUUGGUUGUUAAUCAGGAAAUCCAUAUUUAUUUUGUAAUUAAAUGUCAAGCCUGUGGAUUGUUUUGAACUUGGUAGUCGAUGAGAGUUUACGUGAAUAAAGGCGUCACCUCGAGUGCAGCUCGGUCAGAAGGGAUGCGGUGGCGGCACCUGCUGCUUAGAAACCCCAACACCACACCAGGUGGCUCAGGUCUUUUUUUCUCCCCUGUGCUGGUUGCCACAUUGUAGCAAGCACCAAAAAAGAAAGCAGUUUUUAAGCUGAUCCUUACAUAACGGAAACCACACAAUCCAGUGCUUCUGCAUACUGUGUUAUGUUACAGUCCAGUUUUGUGUGCUUUACUACACAGUUUGGUUACAGGACUUCUGUGCAUUGUAAACAUAAACAGCAUGGAAAAGGUUAAAUACCUGUGUUCAGAUUGUAAGAUCUAGUCCGGACUUGCUGUGUAUAUUGUAACGUUAAAUGAAAAAAGACCCCCCUUUGUAUUAUAGUCAUGCGGUCUUAUGUAUGAUAAACAGUUGAAUAAUUUGUCCUCA